AUGUAUCCAUCUUGGUUAUCUAUCCCAGUCUUUUGCUAUCUAUCUAGGACAGAGGUCAUCAGACAGAGAAGUGGGCAACUGGCCACUCCAAAAUGGACGUUCUAUCUGAAUAACGUCGAUUUUGACUCUGACGCCGAUUCCAACGUCGUCGUCGACUUUUUCUUCUUCUUUGUCGACCGGUACCAAUUACACGUCGUGGGCCAAGAUACCCGCCCAACUCCUUCAUCAGUCUUGAUUAGCUCGUUAGCUUUCCUUUCAUCUCCGUUCCGGAUGAAAACGUCUUUUCUUUUCUGUUUUUCCUGUGUUCUUUUUUUUUUUGUUUUGUUUUUCUUCUUUUCUUUCACUUUUUAUCUGUUUUCAUGUUUCUUUCUUCAAUUCAUCCCGAUGUUCCUCUUUCUUUCACCCUCUCUGAUAAUAAGAUCGUUGCUUCCUUCUCGGUUUCUUUUGUUCAUUGCAACACGCUCAUUCUCUUUUUGCACGUAUUCUUUUUCCACCAUUUUGAAUACUUUACAGCAUGUACCUUCUUCCAUAUCUUUUAAGUCUUUUUCUUUCACAUUUGGUUUCAUUUCUAGUUUUUCAUCUAUUUUUUUUUCUUUUGCUCAGUUCCUCUCAUUUUCUUCCUUUCUUUCUAUCACUCUCCCUCUUUCUAAGAGCUUUUCCUUUUCCCCUUUUUCAUUAUAUUAUUUUCGUUUCUCUUACGUACUUUCUUUCCUUCUCGUACUUUACUGA